AUGGACGAGGACAACGAGAUGAGGGACGACAUGAUGAUCCCGGCGCCAUACAUGGACAUGACGGAAGAGUGCCAUCACUACACGGCGAUUGAGGAGGUGCCGUGGGACCUGCAAAAGUACUGGCACCAACGGUAUUCCAUCUUUCCCAACUACGACGACGAGGUCUACCUGACGGACGAUGCGUGGUUUGGCGUGACGCCACAGCCGGUGGCCGAGAUAUUCCAUCUGCCCGCCGGCGUGGUCCCGGCCGACGCCAUCUUGGUCGACAUGUUUGCCGGUGUAGGCGGCAACACGAUCGCGUUUGCCCGAUCGAAGCGAUGGGGUCGGGUCAUCGGGAUCGAGCGCGACGCCGCGACGUUGGCCUGCGCCCAGAACAACGCGGCGCUGUUUGAGCUGGCCGACGACGCCAUCACAUGGGUGCACGGCGACUGCUUCGAUCUCGUCGACCGGCUGCGUCACCGGCCUGAGACCCUGGACCCGGCUUUGCGCGUCGACCCGGCCGUGAUUGUUCUGUUCGCGUCGCCGCCAUGGGGCGGCGUCAGCUACCGCGACCAGCCGGUCUUUGACCUCGCCACGAUGCAGCCGUACAAUCUGCAGACGCUGCACGAUGCCUGCGGACCCUUGGCACACGCGCUCUACCUACCGCGCACCAGCGACCUGCGGCAGAUCGCGGCUCUGGCACUGCCUGACGGCCGACCCCGCCUCGAGGUGGUGCAGUACUGCAUGCAUCGGGCCAGCAAGGCCAUGGUGGUGUACUUUCCGGCGGAGGGGGGAGAGACUGGCAGCAAUGGCAGCAGUGAGAGCAGUGAGAGCAGUGAGAGUAGUGAGAGCAGUGAGAGCAGUGAGAGCAGUGAGAGUAGUGAGAGCAGUGAGGACAGCAGUGACAGCAGCAGUGAGGACGAAGAGGAAGAUGAAGAUAUGGACGAGGAUGAGGAAGAAGACGAUGAGGAGAAUGAUGACGUGGACGACGACGACGAGGUUGAAGACGAUGACGAUGACAAGCCAGAAGAACUCGUGACGGUUUCAACAAAAAACUCCAAGAUCUGA